AAGAAGAAGAAGAGCGGAACGAAUGUUUCACUUCUUGUUUCUGCCGGCUUACUAAACUGGAGCACAGGCGGUUUACUUCAAAACAUUAUGGCGUCGAGAAGAACAUCAACAGCUCCGAGUAGUUUCAAUAAAAGUGUCUCCAGCGGCGCUAAAAGCUCGAAAAGUGGAAGCAAUGUUACUAAAGCCACCACCACUGGAGCUGGGAAGAAAAGUGUUAAACCAAGUGGGACUGUUGUCAAGUCUCGAUAUAUGCAGGCUGCUGAGAAGACAUCUCUUUCAAAGAGUAACUCACUGACCAACGAGUCUAUUGCUGUGCCACUGAGGCCUUCCUCGCCUAAACCCAGUGGUGUCAAACCGAGGGUGAGCACUCCACCGAGACGCUCAAUGACCCCACAGGCUCUAGCAGCAUCAACGAUGUCACGUCAAACUGAGCCUUCGUUGCUUGGGAAAAGUAUUCUGCAGUCCACUUUCUCAGAUGGACACUGCUUUCGACCAAAUUUUGAUAUUUCAGUCAUUAAAGAAAAAACAAUAAUGGAAAAUACAGCAGAGCACGAGAGAAAUCCAGAGAAUGACAAGAGGGACAUUGAGAUGCAAACAUUCCUACUGGCCUACAUCACAGCCAAGAUGGAGAGCAACACUGCGAAGGCCGAGGCUGAAGCAGAGGCAAGGCUCAUGCAGGAGAUGGAGGAAGAAGAGGCGCUGCAUAAUGAGGUCCAGGAGAAGAAACGUCAGUACCUCCUCAUGGAGAAAGAGAGGCUAGUGAAUGAGCUGCUGGAUUUACAGAUCGCUGCGCUGACUCCUGUGGCAGAAACUGCCAAGCAGUUCACAAAGAACUACAAAUCUUUCGCCACAGCUGUUGACACCACCCGACAUGAGCUGCCUGUCAAUAAUUUCUACAUUGACGGGGACAGAAGGGAAUUUCUAGAUAAAGCUGAGGCUAGCCUGAAGGAGAGUGAGAAGUUGCUGAUGGAGUGCACAGAGGGACAUCAUGAGGACAACAGAACUUCUCUAGAGUGCCUUAAGGACAUGAAAACAACAUCCAAGGACGUCAGUCAGCAGCUGUCAGGUACUUUUUCAGAGCUGCUGGAGCUGUCAUCGUUGGUCUGCCGCCACACAAUCCACGUCCAGCAGGCCACGGAGGAAAAACAGCUUGGAAUGGAAAGAACCCGUCAGCUCUUCUGUCCCAAACAGUGAAGGUCACCACACAGCAUGGGAUACACAGUACAUGCACUUUGGAUAUCCGUCAACCCCACAUUUCCCCCGGUUUACGUAUAUUUGUGUCUUAAUUUUAUGUAUACUGUCUAAUUUCUUUGCAGCUGUAUUAUUUUAUAUUGUAAAUGUUGAAUAAAGACUGAUACUUCUUCACUUUUUAAUACUUUUACAGAUGGAACAUUGGUAAUAAAUACAACAAAAACAA